UACUGCAUACACUGUGAACAACAAACGCGGUCUGAGACCAUCCAAAGCAAUCUCAAGUUUUCUCAAGCAUGGCACCAAAAGCAAAAUCGUCGUCAGGACAAGCUAUGAAACAAGGGACGCUCUCCUUCGCGUCCUCGAAGCGCGGCUCAACCGCAUCUGGGAAGGCAAAGGCGCUCAAGGCCAGCCCGUCCGUGACUGCGGUGAAACCACCGGGGAGUGAGAACAGGGCUCCUGGCUCGCGUACAGCAAGCCUUGACAGUACUAUCAGCAUUGGCACCAGCAAUACGGAUGCGACGAGCGAGGAUGAUGUCGUACUUAUCGGUUCAACACUUGAGCAACGCAGUGCGAAACGUCGCAAGAUGGAGAAUGCACCGGCUAAAGCGUCUGGAGGAAUGAUGAAGCCAAAGAUUCUCGUAGAUGACUCCGACUCGACGUCAGACGAAGAGGAGCCAGAACCAGUAGACCUUGGUGUCUUGGAGAAGGCUCCCCAGGUGCAAAGGCUUUAUAAGCAGGCAAAAGUGCGAAUGGGAGAUAUCCCGCCUGUCCAUGCUGAGAAGCAGACGAAGAUCCACCAUAUCCUGCGAGUAUUUGACACUUCUUACGAAUAUGGGCCAUGUGUCGGCAUGACACGUCUUGAGCGAUGGGAACGUGCUCAUGCUCUGGGAUUGAAUCCCCCCGCUGAAGUCCGCGAAAUCCUCAUGAGCAAGCAAGCAAAGGAAGACGACACGUACAAGCAAUGUGUCUUUUACGAUGACGUCUGAUCAAGGCUACCAAUUCGUUGUACAUAACUGUUCGAUUUCCCUUUCAUUGUGACGAACGGAUUGCGUUUGAGGCUAUCAAGUUACAGCUUCUUUAUAAGUAUUACUGAUCGUUGGCACGGGAUCUGGCUGAUAACCUCUCUGGCCGUGCCCUUAUUGUACAAGACCGUUAUUAUUCUUCAACUUCCUAUUGACCUAUUAUUUGUCUGCCGUUACUUUGACGAACACACUUCAUGACAAAUACGAUGAUGCUGAAUUUCUGGUCUCGAAAGUUGUGUCUGUACUACCUACUCACGUACUUGAUGCUUGACAUUGAGGAUGAUCUACUUUCGGA